AUGUCGGAUUUUAUUCAUUGCAACCGAUGUUUCACAACCAAAAAUGCAAAGUUCAUGUUAGGACAAUGUUUUCAUGUCAGUUGUGAAAAAUGCAUUUUGAAAGAUCCCCAAAAACAUUGCCCAGUCUGUAAAAAACCUGCAAAAUAUGUGCCGAUCGGCGGAAAAAUGCCAGAAUCAUUGAAAAUCUAUUUCUCCGAUUCUAGUCAACUGAUUGAAAAGGAAUUGGCGAAACUUCAAAAACAAUACGAUUUUCAAAAUGGAAUGGCAACACAUUUAUUGGGACAUUUGAAAAAGGAAAAGGAGAAGAUCAAGAAAAUGGAACACGUUUUGAGGAAAAAGUGUAGAGACGAUGAAGUUUUGAGGAAAGAAUAUGAAUCGGCGAAAAAAUGGAUUGAAAUGGCUGAAGAGAAAAUGAAAAAACAAGAAAAUGAAAUUGAUGAAUUGAAACAGCAAAUGGCAAGAUUGGAAGGAUCUGAUUUUCGAGGUGCAACUGAUCAUACUUCAAAGUUUCGAUUUCUCGAAUCAGACGCAGAUAGUCAAUGUAAGUGUUUUGCUCUGACAUGACACAUUUCUAUGAUUAUUUUCCAGUCACAGUUUCUUCAAUCCAAAGCUCAAAUUCAAGCUUUCAUUUAUUAUCACCAAUUCGUUCUCCACCAAUUCAAACACAAUUUGAAGAAAUGGAAGUUGAUCAACAGAAUUUCUCCAAUCCAUUUGUUGCUCCAAAAACAGCAGAUGCUAAACAAUUUGUGAAUGUUUUCAACAACGUGAGUAAUUUUUAAAAACGUGACCUAUUUAAGUGGCAAUAUGAAAUUCAUUUUUAUUUAUUUCAUUUUCAGAUGAUCACACCUGGACGUCAUUACAAACAAAAUGUUCCGGAUAAAACAAUUACUGGCGAUAAAACAAGUUUAUCUUUGGAUGAUCAAACAUUAUUGAAUGCAUCUGAUAAAUCGAGACGAGAAACAUCAUUGCCUCCAAGAACACCUACAAAAUAUCAAAGCUAUGCUGGUGACUAUUCAGUUUCUGGAAGAGAGCGACAAUUUCCUCGUUCAGUUCAAGAAUUAAGACGAAAUGCAUCACAAAAAGGUAUAGUUACUCGAAAUUCAAUAAUACCAAGUUCAUAUCUUAAUUUGGGAGAUUAA